AUGGCAGUCAUCACUGAAUUGCUUAAUACUCCCUAUGUUGUACAGAGUGUGUGUAUCGCCCUAAUGGCGGUGUUCAUAACAAGUGUAUGGGCAGAUAUAGCAAACGGGGUUCCACAUAGGCACAUUCCUUUAGUUGGAAAGACCUGGUGGGAGCUUACCAACAAAAAGGCCCGGCAACGCUUCACUCGGUCAUGUCGUCAACUUAUUACCGAAGGCUUUGCAAAGGGAGUCAAUGUCUUUCAGAUCAUCGGAGCCACAAGCCCGAUAGUUGUAUUGCACCCGAAGUUUGUCGAUGAAAUCAAGAGCAACCCAGACCUAAGUUUUGAUGACUCGAUCAAAAAGGCAGGCUAUGAAGCUACAUUUUUUAAUGAUCGCAUUCCUGGAUUUGGACCAUUUCAUAAUGGUACUGCUUUGAAAGCUACUGUGGAAAUCGUGCGGACCAGUUUGACACAGGCGCUCGGGUCCAUUUCACUUCGGCUCUCAAAAGAGUCAGGUGCGAUAUUGAACGAACACUUGCCCCCCACCGAUGAAUGGAAGCCUUACCACAUCGCGCACAAGAUACCGUACAUGGUCGCCCGCCUCUCCUCUUUGAUAUUUGUUGGAGAGACCAUCUCCCACGACGAUGAGUGGAUUGAUGUCUCCGUGAACUAUGCCAUCGAUGCGUUUAUGGCUAUGCGCGAUCUACGAGAAUGGCCAUCCAUUCUUCAUCCAAUCGUCCACUGGUUCCUGCCCUCUGCCCAGAAGUUACGCACACACUUGGAAAUGGCUCGCUCCAUCGUUAGUGGCGAGAUAGACAGGCGAGCGUUGAUCCGCGCGGGCAGGCUCCCUGCAGAUGAUCCACCCCGUGAACCUGAUGCUUUGGACUGGUAUCGUGAAACCGCCGAAGCCCGGAAUAACAUGACUUUUGAUCAGUCUUGCGCACAGGUUGGAUUGGCACUGGCGGCUAUCCAUACUACGUCAAACUUGUUAACCAACGUCAUAUAUGACCUCGCGGCGUACACGGAGUAUAUCCAGCCGCUACGUGAUGAGAUUUGUGCGGUUGCUGCUGAGGAUGGAACUCUGAAGAAGACUAGUUUGCUCAAGUUGAAGUUGAUGGACAGUGUGAUGAAGGAAUCGCAGCGUACUAACCCACUCUCCUUGACCUCCAUGAACCGCCUCGCCCUUAAGCAAAUUGUGCUCUCUGAUGGAACUGUGAUCCCUAAAGGCGCCAACAUGUUCGUUUCUACGAAAAUACUGGAAGAUGACACUAUCUACCCUAAUGCUGCCAGUUAUGAUGGUUACCGGUUUUACAACAAACGCAAGCAGCCUGGCAACGAACACAAGCAUCAGUUUGUCGCGACGACAAGUGAGCACUUCGUCUUCGGCCAUGGUGUUCAUGCCUGCCCGGGCCGGUUCUUCGCUGCCAGUGAAACCAAAAUCAUGCUCCUUCAUUUGCUUCUGAAGUACGAUUGGAAACUACAGAGCGGUGGUCGACCUCCAAACAUUGAAAACGGGGUUGAGUCUAUCACCGACCCACGAGUUCAGAUUCUGUUUCGGUCCCGUAAGUCAGAGGUUGACCUAGGUUUCCUAGGAGAGUAG